AUGAUACGGCGCUACCUCCCACCACAGGCCAACCCCCUUCAGGCAACAUGGGUUCCGCGCUCCAAGUCGCUCGGGGCGAUCCCCGCCUCAGCUAGCAGCCCGGGAGAUGCCCGCUCGACCCUCGUCACCCAGCUACGCGCGCCGUCGUCCCUGCGCACGAUGACCAACCGGCAAAUCCACGUUCGCUACGGGAGCGGGAGGCGCGCAGCGGCUGCGUCGGGUGUCCCGAUCCCAUCACCACCGCCUGAUGCGAUUGGAUGGCUCCGCGGGUCACACUCUGCCGCGUGCGCGAUCUCGAUCGCUCGUCCCCGUUCCUCUGCCAGCCAGCACUGCGGGGCGGGCGCUCGGUCGACGCCCGCGUGCUCGUCUCGCUUCGUCUUCGCGCGGCGAGUCUAA